AUGGACAUGGUGGCCUUUACUUUGUGGAUCGCUUUUCCUGGGCAGUUGCUGCUGGAAUUUCAUCCAACCAGUCAAUCGAACAAGAAGACCCAGAUUAGCCGUCAGAUGCACAGCCAGACCGAGAACUAUGUAUCAGAGAAGAGCUAUUUGGUCACGGAGUCUUCGGCGAUGACCAAGACGGAUUUGAGGCGUCGUUUGGCAUUGCGCAAACCUUUGCCAGAGCGCCUGGCUUUGAUGUUCCCGCUGGACGUAGAGGGAGGACAACCGCAAGAUGCAAGGUUAAAGCAAUUCGAUAUGAGUGGACAAUUUGUGGAAGUCUCUUUGAAUGGAAAAGGAACCCUCAAGCUUGUGGAGAAGCACGCAUCUCUUUGGCGUGUACAAUCAUCUGAUAGUGAUGUAGCUCCGGGCACGUUGGUUCAGAUGUACGACGCCACUCCUGAUGCCAAAGCACCAGAUUCUGCGCAGACCUCUGGAGCAGUGAAAAGCAGCAUCCUUCACAAGUCUUCAGCAACAGGUGAAGCAGUUUUUGAUUACAAGCUCUCCGAGGAAGCCAUCAAGUUAGGUGAAGAGCAGCUCGUCUGCUAUUUGAAUGUGCUGUCAGUCAUGGCUUGGGCCCUGCAGUUGGUGAGUACGCGUCGCAUUUGCGCCGGAAACCGUCGCAGUAAAUUCGUGCGUUGUCGAGGCGUUGGUGAUGGAAUGGCUGUGUUGGUCAGUAGGUUGGAGGCUGGACCCCCGAGAUUUGUUGCAGCGCUCCAGGUCUUCACCUAUGACCGAUGCUGCACGGAAACGGAGGAAGGCAUACAGUUCGACCUCCGGCGACGCAACUUUGUGGCCGACAUGGUCCGAAGGGGGGCCACGGUCCACUUUGACAUUCGGCAUGUCUCUGGCGGACGCACGGGGGCUGUGGCAUCCAGGGCGCUUUCUGCCCGUUCGACUGUCCUCAGAGUUCCGUCCACGCAGGUGUUUUCGCUGAAGAGUGUGCACGCUGCGGUCAUUGACGCUUCGAGGCAAAAUGGCUGUGACGCGCAUGCAGUUUUGGGUCUGGGCUUGGCUUUGGAAAGGGUCAACCCCAGUUCAGUACUUGCAGACUGGAUCAAGCUUUUGUUUGAAGACCUGGACUGCAUGGGACGUGCUGUUCAACAGGCGAAGCCGGAGCCCGAGCGCGGAGAUCUGCGGUGGGCAUUGAGCGUUGUGAAGACGCGUGGCUUUGCCUUUGAGGGCACCAGGGAGAGCACCAUGCUGAUUCCUCUGGCAGACUUUCUGAACCACAACAUGGACGCGCUGCGUUUUGUGGCCACGAAGGACGUGAUGUUCUUGGUCCGCUACGGCUUCCGAGUGGAGGAGCAGCAUGGAAUCCAUGGAGCCUCGGCGUCAUCGGCUGCGCUGGACGGAGAUCCGGGGUACGAUGAGUUCAUGCGCGAGAAUGCAGCGCAGGUCUGCCUACAAGGUCUCCAACGUAUCGAGACGAAGCCGGAGGAUCCGGAAGUGCUCUUGUGCUACCUUGAGCCAACAGACAUGGGCCCCUACCGCACUCAAAUGCGCAUGGAGGUGAAAAUCGCCGUGUCCCCUGGCAAAUGUGACGUCCAAAUCUUGGAUAUGCUAGCAGGAAGUGUUGACAAAAAGACGAACGAGGUGACCUUUGAUCCGGCCAACAAGGUUUAUUCGGAGGCUGACAAUGUCGUCAGCUGGAGAGACAAUGGCAAAGGAGGCCUUGACAUGUUGAACUCCAGCUGGUCCAAGUCGGAAGUGGCGCUGCCAUGGUGGUUUCCGCUGCCGGAUGCAUUCAUGUCGAAGACAGCAACAUUCGUCAUCGGUCAGAUCGUCAAAGAUGGCAUGAAGAAAGCAAAUGAAAAGAUUGCAGUGUCGUACGCUGAAGAACUGGCCUCUGUGAAGGCUUGA